AUGUUGAAGAGUAAUUAUACCAUGCCAACUGAGUUCUUAUUUGUUGGAUUCACAGAUUAUCUACCUUUCAGAGUCACACUGUUCUUGGUGUUUUUCAUGGUAUAUGUAUUAACUAUGGUGGGAAAUAUGGGCUUAAUUAUCCUAGUCAAUAUCAAUUCAAACCUUCAAACCCCUAUGUAUUAUUUUCUUAGCAACUUGUCUCUCUUAGACAUCAGCUAUUCCACAUCAAUCACUCCUAAAAUGCUGGUAAAUUUCCUAGCAUCCAGAAAGAGCAUCUCUCCCUAUGGCUGUGCACUGCAAAUGUUUUUCUUUGCGUGUUUUGCUGAUGCUGAGUGCCUUAUCCUGGCAGCGAUGGCCUAUGACCGCUAUGCGGCCAUCUGUAACCCCCUGCUCUAUUCCACACUGAUGUCUAGGAGGGUCUGUGUUGGUUUCAUUGUGUUGGCGUACUUCAGUGGAAGUUUAACUUCACUAGUGCAUGUCUGCCUCACAUUCAGGCUGCCAUUCUGUGGCUCCAACAUUGUCAACCACUUUUUCUGUGACAUCCCUCCUCUCUUGGCUUUGUCAUGUGCAGAUACCCACAUCAAUGAGCUUCUGCUCUUUGCUUUGUGUGGCUUCAUCCAGACAAGCACUUUCAUGGUCAUAUGUAUCUCUUACUUCUGCAUCCUCAUCACUGUUUUGAGCAUCAAGUCCUCAGGUGGUAGAAGCAAAACAUUCUCCACUUGUGCUUCCCAUCUCAUAGCAGUCACCUUGUUCUAUGGGACACUCCUGUUUAUGUACUUACGUCCCACCACCAGCUAUUCUCUAGACACUGAUAAGGUGGUUGCAGUGUUUUAUACUGUUGUCUUUCCCAUGUUUAAUCCAAUCAUCUAUAGCUUUAGAAACAGAGAUGUAAAAAAUGCCUUUAAAAAGCUAUUAGAAAGAAACUGGAUAUGCAAAUACAAUUAA